AUUAUUUUGAUAGCUACUACAGGACCAUUUUGUUUAAUUUAUUUUUAUUAUGUUUAUUUAGUGGUUUAAAUAUAUGUUUACCAUUCUGCUGCAGUACAUCAUAUUUAAGUAACUACAGUUGCAUGUUUCAAAAGGAAUACUAAGGUCGACUUCAUACAUUCAACAGAAUUAUUCAGAAAUGCUUCUUACAACAAUAACAAUUGCCAUAUGUAUCCACCAGAACAUUGCUACAUUCGACAGAAUAGUAUGUCAAAGUUUUAACAGCACAAAAGACAAUACUAGAGUAGAAGAAGAGGGUGAAAUGAUAAGGGAGAGCAUAAUAAAGAGAAUUCUAUCAAGAUACGACAAAAGGUACCCACCACGGUAUAAUUCAGACAUUCCCACAGAGGUCAAAGUACAAAUGUAUGUUGUUGGCGUAUUUGGAAUUGACGAAUCUGAAAUGAAAUUUUCCAUGAGUAUGUAUCUCAGACAACAAUGGAUAGAUCCACGCUUGAUGUUUUCCGCUCCUUCAGAAAUCAGCAGAAUUGAACUCGAUCACUCUGUCCAAGAUUGUAUAUGGGUUCCAGAUUUAUCAUUCAUGACUGACAUGGAUACAAAAAUUCAUGAUGUUACUGUUCCUAACAAGAUGAUGUUUCUGCACCCGAAUGGUUUUGUAUCGUAUAGUUUAAGAGUAACUGGAACAUUUACUUGUUUCAUGCAGUUACAAACAUUUCCAUUUGAUGAACAGUCAUGCGUACUGGAGCUGGAAAGCUAUGGGUUUUCAGCAUCUACAGUUAGUUUACGGUGGAUGGAGCCUGCUAUGACAUUAAAAGAUGGUAUUGUUAACAGUCAGUUUAAUAUAAAAGCAUCUGAAUCUUAUAUUUGUGAUAAAGAAUAUCCAUCAGGAAACUAUACGUGUAUUGGUGUUAAUGUAAACCUGAAACGGGAGUAUGGAUUCUAUCUAAUUCAAGUGUAUGCACCAUCAGCUUUGAUAGUUGUGCUUUCAUGGGUUUCUUUUUGGUUAAAUACUGACGCUAUACCAGCUAGAGUAUCGCUCGGCAUUCUAACAGUAUUGUCAGUGUCCACUAAUGGUCAUUUUAGUGUUGGCUUAACACAGCGUGUAUCAUAUGUUAGGGCCAUAGACGUAUGGAAUGUUGUGUGUUUGUUGUUUGUUUUCGGUGCAAUGAUAGAAUACGCAUAUGUUGCAAUGAUCGAACGAGUUGAGGAAAGGAGAACAAUUGAACGAAUAGGAAUGAUGGGAAACAACCAUAAUAUAUUUAAAGAACAGGUUCCGAAUGCCAAGGAAGACACGAAGAAGAAGAAUAGUGCAAGAUCUAUUGACAAAUUAUCAAGAGCUGUUUUCCCGCUUGUUUUUGUGAUAUUCAAUGUCAUAUAUUGGCUUUAUUAUAUGACAUAACAUCACAUUAGUUUUAUCCAUAUCACAUUGAAAAUUAGCAGUAGUGCUAUUAAUAGUAUUGUCAUUUGAAAUUAUUAAAGUUAUGCUUGGACUCAUA